AUGUUUUGUCAUCUACACCGUAGAUUUUUCAAUUCGUCGAGUUGUCUCGCGAAGAAGAAAACCAACGCAGAGCACAGGUGGCUCACGCGGCAGUCGAAGGACCCUUUCGUCAAAGCUUCGCACACCCUCAACUUUCGCUGUAGGAGCGCCUUCAAGUUGCUGGAGAUCGACGACAAGUUCCGCCUCCUACAACCGGGUUUCUCCGUGGUGGACUGUGGAGCGGCGCCCGGAGCCUGGAGCCAGGUGGCCGUGCACCGGGUCAACUCAGCGGGGACCGAUUCAACGUCACCCCUGGGUACUGUAGUCGGCAUCGACCUCCUAAACAUACCACCUCUGGACGGCGCGCACUUCCUGUCCAACCACGACGUCGCCGACUGCAUCACACACGCCAAGCUGCUGGACCUCCUUCCCGGCGGACAGGCUCACAUCCUCCUUAGCGACAUGGCGCCCAACGCCAGCGGCUUUCGGGAGCUGGACCACGAGAGACUCGUCAAGUUGUGCGCAUCUCUGCUGGUCUUGGCAGAGAAAAUUUUGCGGCCGGGAGGCACUCUGCUGUGCAAAUACUGGGAUGGUGCCCUGGCCCGUCAUCUCCAGGACAAAUUCUGUCUCGCGUUUGGGAGCGUUCAGAGUUUAAAGCCAAACGCAAGCCGGAAAGACUCCGCUGAGAGGUAUUUCCUCGCCAGAAACUAUAGGAGACCAGUCAAGGGAUAG